AUGGCGGAUCUCCUCCUCCUUCGCUCCAGCACCGGAGUAACAAAGCCCGCACUUUGGCGCCGGAGAUUGUUCGAGUGCAAGACUUGCAGCCGUAAAUUUCCCACCUUUCAGGCUCUGGGAGGUCACCGAACCAGUCACAACAGGUCGAUCAGAGACGGGACGGCGGCUUUCGGAAAGACUGAGCCGCCGGCGAGAUUGCCGGCGAGGAAGAAGCUCCAUUGUUGUCCUGUUUGUGGACUGGAGUUCUUGAUGGGGCAAGCGCUCGGAGGGCAUAUGAGGCGGCAUAGGUAUCAUCGGAGGGAUGGGUUGGAAGAAGAAGAGGAGGAGGACAAGGAGAAGGAGGUGGUGUUGGAUCUCAAUUUGCCGCUCGGGCCUGCGGAGGUUUUGUGGGAGGAGGCUCCUCUGUUUCAAUUUUUUUAA